GCGGCCGCCAAUGCGCGACAGCAAAGUAACUCGAGCAGGGCGAGGCGUGUUUCAAGUUGUUGCUGUUUUCGUUUUUAACGUUACUUUUUUAAAAGAUUACCUACAGAGAUACGCACAGCGUUAUUCGGUUGCAAACCUGAAAAGGACAGCGGUUAUAUUUUGGUUUUGGUUAAAAGAUUUAAACAUUUAAAGCAAGCAGUUUAGUGACCGGCCCAGAAUUAUAAAACCGAAGCAAAGGAAAAAAAAAAAAAAAAAAAAAAAAAAAAAACCACAGUGUGUCGUGUGACUGACCUACAAGAUUAUUCAGAAAGCAAAUGAUUUAAUAGGUAAAACACCCGCUGUUUUCAUCAAGAAACCCAACAUCUACUAGCGAACAAUACCGGGCAGAAAAAAACAAACAAACAAACAAAAAAAACUACUUCUAUCAUUAUAGUUUAAAUACAUCGCCAGGGAUUGUUUCUAGACACAAGGAAGUCGUUCUCAAUUUGGAAAUACGAAGCAGAAUCCGAAUUCCUGGAAACAGAGAUUUAAAACAGAAGGGUUUUUUUUUUUUUUUUUUUUUUUUUUUUGUUAUUUGUAGCAUCCAUUUUGUUUUAUAUUGACGAAGUAUCCUUUGGGAGAGUUUGACUUGCAGGACGCAGUAAAACAACCAGAACGACUUAUCGAAGUAAAGAAUAUAGCUGCCGUGUUAAACGACAAUUAACGCCUUUGCCUGGGCAAUACCGUUCAGCAUUAGCAAGAUUACACUUAUUUUGUAACGUUUUCAAAGGGAACUUUAGCACUUUAUAUAUAUAUUUUUUUGUUUUCAGUAGAGAAACGUUGUGUUUUUCUUAAUUUAUUCGUCGAACUCAUGGAUGAGAAUCGAAACCCAGAAACAAUGUUGCUGGAUUUUGGCAAUAAGGAACAGUGGGAGCUACAGAUCCAGCUCAAAAACCUCAACAACAGAAUUCGACACAAAUCAGGUACCUGGGACCCCAGCAGCUAUGAUGGUUCCCCUGAAAUAGAGUCCCUCUCCCCCCAUGACCAGCCUGACCCCAGCCCUCUCAGCUCCUCCACGGGACACAACAUCCGAAACAGACGCCUUGUGGGCUCAGCCGGGGGCGGCGGAGGGGGUCCAGUGACAGGAGGUGCAGGGUCUGGGGCUGUGGGGCGCAGUAACCACACGCCAGCCAACAGGGGGCAGUCAUUAACCUAUAACAACCACCACAAGUAUCGGCCACACAGCUCUCAGUCUUACAGGAGCUGGGGGGAGCAGAGGAAGGAACGGAACGCGGGCCGCCGCUGGGCUGGGGGGAACAGCAAUGGGGGGGUGGGGGGCAGGUUUUGGGAAAAUAGCAACGGCUUUGGGAGCUACAGCUACAGCCAUCGGAAAUCCUGGAGCUGUUUGGUGGGGUCUAGCGAAGGUUUGCCGGAGAAUGCCCAGAAAGGCCAGGGAGCCGCGAGCGGUGGUUCUGCUGGGGAGCAAUCCCAGCUGUCUUUCUCCCCGCCGUCGUCGUCUUCAUCGUCGUCGUUGUCUUGCACAGAGACGGACAGGGAGAGGGAGAGGGACACGGACAGGGAGAGGGAGAAGGGGCGGGCUGUCGCCGUGACCCCUCUCACGCAGGACUCCUCUCUCAGUUCCUCUUGGACCCUGUUCAAGCCGCCACCUGCCUUUCCUGUGGACAACAGCAGUGCCAAAACUGUACCCAAAAUCAGCUAUGCCUCCAAGGUCAAGGGGUCAAACUGCCCCCCUGCUGCGAACUCCCAGCCCCAAAUGCUGGGGGCCAUAUUCCAGAAUGAGUGGGGUCUGUCCUUCAUCAACGAGCCUGGGAGUGCAGUCGCUGCUGGGGGAGGGGGGGCAGUGGCGAUAGAAGGGGCUCCCCUGCCCCACACUCCCCCCAGCUUCGGCAAUGGAGUCACCCCGGAUCCCCCCGCCCCCAAGGAGGCUGGUGGACUGGCCCCGCCCCCUCCCACCCCUUCCUUUCCCAUUGGCUGCCUGCUCAAGGAGGAGGAGCCUGAGACCGAACCGACCUCUUCAGAUGUGAUGUCUCAGAAGCAAUGUCGCCACCUGCUGGAUGCCUUGCGCUAUCACACUCGAGAGUGGGACCUGCUCUUGAACAGACACAAAAGAGAUCCCACCAUGGUAGUCUGGUAUGAAGAUUCUUUGGAGAGACCGGCUUAACAGAAGGCAUGCGGAUUUAACCCCUUAAUUCCCGGAAAGAAUUUUAACUUUUUUUUUUUUUUUUUUUUUUUUUUUUUUUUUUUUUUUUUUUUUUUUUUUUC